GUUCGGCGACAAAGAGCUCCGUGGAAACAUCAACAUUUUAUGGUGUGGAAGAAUUAAAAAACUGCCAUACUACAAACUCAGAAUUACAUACUUUAUCGGUUGGUAAUUUAAGUGCGUAUUAAAAGUAUCCAAAUUGUGUUUCAGGCCAAUAAAUGGGAAAAUUCCCAUCAUCGUAAACGUGGCAAAAAGAAACGUUUUCAAACAAGCAGGACAGCACUCCAGGUGAAACAUCUGAAAUCUGGAGGUUUUAGAGAGCAAACAUGGAGUUUAUUAAAGAGGAGAUUGAAGACAUGAGUUAUACAGAACCAUGCAGAGUGAAAAAUACAGAGGAACAAAGAGACAUGAUAAAAGUCAAAGAGGAAAAUCAAGAACUGAGUGAAGAGGAGGAGGAAUACCAGUAUCAGGAUCCUUGUAAUUUCACAACUGGAGAAGAAUCUUUUAGUUUCACAGAAAAUGUAAAGAGUUUUUCAAAAGAUACAGCUCAGAGACCAGGAGCCAACAAUUCUUUCAUCUGCCCUGAAUGUGGAAAGAGUUUUGCACAUAAAGGGCAUUUUAAUGAGCACCUAAAAAUCCACACUGGAGUGAAGCCUUACAUCUGCCCUCAUUGUGAGAAAGCUUUCACAUGUAAAGGACACCUUAAAAGGCACAUUAGAAUUCACACUGGAGAAAGGCCUUAUACAUGCUCUGAGUGUGGAAAGAGUUUCAAAUGUGCAACAAAUCUCAAAGAUCACCAGCGCUCUCACUCUGGAGUGAGAGCAUUCAAAUGUGAGCAGUGUGGUAAAAGUUAUAUUUUGGCAUCAAACUUAAAUGUUCACAUGAAAACUCAUUCAAAUGAGAAGCCUUAUGUGUGUGCUGUGUGUGGAAAGGGUUUUUUGCGCUUGGGCUGUUUUAAUGAACAUCAGAAAAUACAUACCGGUGAGAGAUCUCAUAUAUGCUUUGAGUGUGGGGAUACUUUCAUUAGAUCCAGUGCCUUGAAACAGCAUCAAAAAAUUCAUACUGGAGAGAAACCUCACAAGUGUUCAUACUGUGAAAAGGGUUUCACUCAUUCAGGAGCCUUGAGAAGACAUGAGAGAGUGCACACUGGAGAGAGGCCAUAUCAUUGCACUGCAUGUGGCAGGAGUUUCACCCAAUCAAGUGAUCUGCAGAAUCAUAUAAAAAAGCCUUGCCCAAUGUUGUCACAAACUGCACAAAGUUCAUCUACAGUUGCAAUGUAAAUAGUGUCAAAUUCACAACAACAUGAAGGUGUAAUUCUCGUGAAAGUUAUCAAGAAAAUGUCCUGGUCAUAUAAAACCCCAAAUUAAUAAUAAUAAAAGCAAUAGUAGCAAAACCUAUAUUUAGGACUAUUUUUCUGUUUUUGUCGGUUUUGAUUGUUUUCAGGAAACGUAAGCACAUUUUACCCCCCCAACAGAGCACAAUAGUCUGGUUCCGGAAGUAAAAAUCCCAUUCAUUUCUUCCAUAGACGAAUUGAUUUUCCACGCUAUCUUAUACAUUUUUAAAGACAGACCUACCUUGAGCUCCGAGGUUGUUUAUCGAUGGUAUAUGCUUCCGUUGAAGCCAUCCGUCUGCGUUAUUUCAACUGCAUUAUUUAAAAAAUCAUCUAUAAUAGUGGAAUUCCUGUUGAACAACUACAUUACCCAUGGUACAGCAGAGAAAGCUUCACCAACCAGAGAAUCUUGGCUAACAGAACCCGUGAAAUAAGACCGGAAGCAACCGUCCACUCCCAUGAUGAACUCUAUAUGACACAAACAGUAGAUCCCCCUGCACUCUCAAACUACUAAUAUAUUUGUGUUUAUUGGAAUGUUUCGCAAUAAAAGUAAAAUAUAUUGUUUCUAAAUUUAUAAAAAUCUAAAAUCAAUAGUUUUAUAUAUUCCCAUCAUUUCUUUUUCAAUUACAUCAUUCGCAGUGCUUCAUUGGAUUGGAUUGUACCCUUGUAAAGGACGGUAAGUACACAGUCUUGUAUUUUUGCCUUUUUGUCCAAUUUUCAAAUACUUUUUUGUUUCAAAACAAAAGUUUGUGAUGAUGUAAUUCACCUUGGAGCUGGUUGGUUUGGUUCAUGGCUUAGAACUCUUUUAUAGAGGAUUUUAUGAAAAGCCUAUGCAAAAAAAUGAAUGGGAAAAAUACUUCUGUCACUCAGAUGCUGAAUAAGUGGGCGGGGACUGUUAUGCUCUAUUCUCGUAGUAAUCCGCCCACAGUGCUGGGCGGAUUACAUGUGAAUUGUAAUCAGGUAAUGAUUACAAAUUACAUGACAGAAAAAUUCAAUCAGUAAUGUAAUCUCAGAUUACAUUUUGGGUUACUUUCAACCGAAUUCUGCAUGGUUUAAACGUUUGAGUGGUGCUUAUGUCCACAAAUUCAGAUAAAUGAUUGCAAAUGUAAAAAUGUUAAAGAAGUUUUCAUGUUUUCCCCUGUGAUGCUGAAAGAGGUCUAGUCCCUCCAUCAAUGACUGACUCAAAUAUGUUUGAGUUUAACAGGCAUUUCUUAUUGGAGUUUCUAAAAUGAUGGACAGGUUCCCCAGGGCACGUUUACACAAAUGUGGUAAUGCAAUUUCGCCAUUUUACAAACGGCAUGUACGUGUAGCAAGAGAUCAGACCAUUUAUAUUUGUGAAUCAACGUCACAAAAAUGUCUCAAAGUUAUCACUACACCAAAAUUGCAUUCAUAUACAUUUAAGGCGACUAAAAAAAGCUUUUUAAGAAACUAAAAGUAACUGUGGCGCAAAUCCAGUUGAAUAUGAAAUUACGUGUAUUUGUGCAUUUUGAUGUAUUUGAUGGACAAAACCCUUUCAGAGACAUUGCGACAUGGUUAUAUUACACACAGAGUGAUAAUUUAAAAAAUAUUUGGUUAGAUUUGCGAUGUAAAGUUAAAAACAAACAUGCAAACGUUCCUUCAAAUUCUUCUUUAGAUUUGACAUAGAAUUCUUCUUUUUUGGAAUGCAGAGUUUAAAUUGCACAGUGAUGUUUUUGCCCCGUGUCUCCUGAAAAAUGAAAUUAUCUCUAUAGAUUCAAUGGUUAAAUGCUGAGGAAGGCUGCUCCAUCUUCACCUGACUGGCAAGUAGGGAGUAUCAGUUCUGAGUGCAAUACACACAACCCUCCCCCUCUCUUCUUAAAACACUCAAAGACUUACCAAACGUAUAUCAGUGGUGUGCUGAUUUAGAAUGACAAAUGAAAAAAUAAAAUAAAAGAGAAUGAUUAAAAUGAACAAUAAAUUAUUAAUAAUUUACUGCCAUUGCCUUGUUAAUAUGUAAUCGUGUAAUUUAUAAAAUGUAACUGUAGUCUAUGAGUAUUUUAAAAUGUAAUGUAACCCAAUUACAAGUACUUGAUUUUUGUAACCUAAUUAUGUAAUCCAGAUUACAUGUAAUCCUUAACAACCCAGCACCGCGUGUCCAGAUGUUUUACAUUUACUAUUCCCAAUGUUUUCAAUGAUAAUUAUUAUUACUAUAACACAGACCUUUUUUAAUGUAUUAUAGUAAAAAGAAGCUUCUGUACAAUAAUAUUUUUUAAUCAAAAUCAGUGAAAAUGCAAGGCAGUAUCAAGGAAGUGCUUCUAUGAUGUUUAAACACUUUACACUUAAAAAAUGUAUUUCAUGUUGCUGAAAUGAGAAUAUAAUAAUGACCAACUUUCUUUGCAUUACAGUGUAAAAUGUGUGUAACUGUCAUGUCACAAUUUUAAAAAUCUUAAUGGUCUUAAAAAGUCUUCAUUUUCUAUAUGAAACAUAUAGCUUAAUUUCACAUUUGUUUCUUUUGAUUUUGGAGUAAAAUAGGACCAGGACAUUUUCUUGACAGGUUUCAGAAUAAUCACCCAAAAUGUAAUUGCCCUACAAAGCCAAAAUGCAGUAACUACACCAACAGUGCAAGUAAGAAAAGUGGCUUCAAAGGUUUAUAAAUGUGGAUUAUAAAAUAGUCUCAUUCUGUUUUCUCCAUAUCUGAGCAUAGUUGAGCCAAACCCGUCUGUCUCAGAACAUUAUAGUCUGAGAGACAUGAUUACAGUUAUAACUCAAUUUUGUAUACAAAACAAAUGUAUAGUUACUGUGUUUCGGCUUUGUGGGGCAAUGCAGUGCUUUACAUGCUUUGGUGAAUGAACUGUCUUUGACUGGUAGAGUGAGGUUUGUACUUGUUUGAUAAGGAAAAUUUACAGGAAGUCAAAAUAUUUAGAAACGUUGGGUAUGUUAUUGCCGUUAAAUGGCCCAAUUUUCUAGUAAAGGGUUGGCCACGCUACACUUCGCGCUCCAUUCACUCUCAUUCAAAAGCAUCUAAACGCAGGAGACCAGAAACGCAAGCUCAUGUGAAUAAAUUUUGUACUUUAGUACAUAUGGAAACUUCAAAUUGGUGAACUCUGAACCAUGAAUCCGUAUGACGAGAGGACUUCUGACCAAUAGAAGAUCGAAAUGUCACACUUGGCUCAAUACAAAGGCUACAUAUUUCUAAGCUACGUGUUUUAUUGUUGCAGGAAAGUGAGUAGACACCAGAAGCUCUCCCACGUGAUAUCGUAUACUGGUCCUAAAAAAAUAGGUGCUCAAAGCCUAGAGUGACUGCCCCUUCCUUCUUUUCUUCAGUGAUUGGGGGUAGCAGUAGCAUUGUUAUGACACCAUUUGUCUAUUAUUUAUCUAAUUCAGUUACAUAUUAUGUUAAAUGUAAUUAUGUGUUGCAAUAUUUUUUUGUACGCUGUAGUCACCUAUACCACUCAAUCUGAGUGACCCUGUUUACACUUGGUAUUAAGAUGCUUUUCGGGUGAUCUGAUUACAUGUGGCCAGCUCUAAAUACAGUUGUAAACAGGUCCAAAAUGUUUUGUGAUCGGAUCACAAAAACCACAUUCGAAAGUAGUCAAAAAGCACUAGGUGUAAACGCAUCCCAGAUAGCAGCGAAGCACAACCCCUUACCUGUCAAUCAACCGCUGCACUCAAACAAGAGUUUUAACUUUUAUGAGUGGUUUAAAAGGAAAUAACCACCUGAUCUGAAAAUUUGAAAAAGCGGAUACAAACACAAGCACGAGAACUUCACGGAUCUUCUUCAGUGUGUCUGAUAUCAACAUGCAGUCGACAAGCACACAAAAGCUAAAACAACUGCGCAAUAUCUGCUCAGAAUGUUACUUUUGGUCUUAGAUUAAAUUUUAGCAGCAUCUGGGAGAAUUAUCUCGUAACCAUUAGUGCUUUCUUUGUCUUUUCUGACUUUGUUGCGAUUUAUUAUCAUGUAGGAACACACUGACACAGUGAUUGAAGUAUGUCAUCAUGAAAUCAGAGACCCUUCCCUUCAAAUCCGAUCACAUGUGGUCAUAGGAGACGCAUUUAAAAGACCAUGUGUAAACAGUGACGUGUCUCACCUGACCACAUGUGAUCGGAUCACCCGAGACGCAUCUUAAUACUAGGUGGAAACGGGGUCAUAUAUUUGAUGUCAGAUGCUUAACCAGACAAAUUUUAUAGUCUGGCUGAAAUUAUGUCUAAAGCUGGAUGGUUGCUUUGGUCAUUCCAAUUUUCUGACUGUGUAUUUUACCUGCAGAUAUCAGUUUAGCUUGAGCAUGUGAUUGUUUAUGUUUGAAUAGGCCUACAUCAAUAAAAUGUCCUGGAUUGUAUGUUAUAACUAAAGACACUAAAGCACUGUUCACACCAGCAGCGACAAAAAGACAUAAGCAGAGCAAUUUCUGACAACACAAAUGACAAUGACCGUUGGCGACAAGAUGUGGGUGUGGAAAGAGACACGACAAACUUUAACUUUAUGUAAAUAACGAGCAACAAUCGGUAAUGACUACCAGUAGGAGUGAAGACAGUGGAGAUUGUGUCAUCCAUCUCCUGUGACACUGGUGUCAAAUGCAGGCAGGACGGUGGCAAAGUUAAAAUUCCCAGAUAGCACACAUACAUCUCCGAGACAUCUGUUUAAGAGUGUUUUAUCUGGAAAGCAUUGUUAAUUAACAUCUGCUAAACAUCUUAAAAAGAUCAGAUUUACUCUAAAUCAUAAAUGUUUCAAAGACAUCUGCUGAUUGUCCUUUUGACAUCUGAGAGGAAACGUCUUUGACGUAUUGCAAUUGAGCAGAUAACCUAAAAAAUACGUCUUCCAGAUGUAAACACACAUCAAAUAGAUGUCUAGGUGAUGUGCAUGUGCUAUUAGGGUUGUGAGGGAUUUCACUGUUCAAUAUAAUUUGUCUGUAACCACAUGCAUGGAUGUAAUAAAAAAAAAUUAUGCAUGGAAAACCGUGUCAGAAAUUGUCAGCAUUCUGUUUGAGUUUGAUUCGUACAUUGAUCAUUCAUCUUGUUAAUGACAUGAUGCAAUGAGCACUGCUGC